CCUACUAUCCUCUGUCAUGCCUUCUUUUUAUUAUACAAACGACCAUAUCCUAGAAGAAAUAAUGCAGAAAUAGAGUAUUAAAUACUAAUCUAUGGUACCUGUUUCUUUUAAGUAUGAUUGUGUUAGGGAAAUUAACAAAAGCAAAUUAAACCAUGGAUUACCUAGCCAUUGUUGGAGGAUUAGUACUUGCCUGGACUUUGGUCCGAGUCCUCUGUUUGGUAAAAGACAUUAGAGGCAGAGGAUAUAACAACAAGAAACUUCCACCAGGUCCAAUCCCUUUACCCUUCAUAGGAAAUCUCCAUAACUUAAUUGGUGCACAACCCCACAAGUCCCUUGCAAGUCUUGGCCAAAAAUAUGGUCCAAUAUACAGUCUAAGGUUGGGAAAGACAACUACAGUGGUAAUUUCUUCAGCAGCUGGGGCUAAAGAAGUUCUCCAAAAGCAAGAUUUAGCCUUUUCAAGAUCAGUCCCAGAUUCAAUGCAUGCUCACAACCAUCACCAAUCUUCUGUCAUUUGGCUACCGAUGGAUAAUCGAUGGAGAUGCCUCCGGAAAAUCUUGAAUACAUACAUCUUCUCAGGAAACAGGCUUGACGCAAACCAGCAUCUGAGGUCUAGGAAGAUCAAUGAGCUUAUUUCUUAUUGCCAUCGACAAAGCCAAACAAGGGAGGCAGUGGAUAUUGGUCAAGCUAUUUUCUAUACAUCAUUGAGUUUACUUUCCAAUACCAUUUUCUCAAGGGAUUUUGCAGACCCUUAUGUGAAUUCAGGUAAAGAAUUCAGGGAAUUGGUCUGCAAAUUUAUGGAGGAGUUUGGUAAGCCCAACAUAGUGGAUUUCAUCCCUAUGCUAAAAAAGAUUGAUCCUCAAGGAAUUAGGCGACGCAUUACUGUUCAUGCUGGGAAGUUGCUUAAGCUUUUCGAGGGGUUGAUCGAUGAACGUGUGGAGCAGAGGAAGUUGCAAACUUGUACUAGUAGCAACGACGUUCUUGAUAUCCUGCUCAAUGUUAGCCAAGAAGAUCCUGAGGCAAUUGGAAAAAAUGACAUACAACAUAUGUUCCUGGACCUUUUCGUUGCGGGGACUGAAACAACUUCAAAUACAGUGGAAUGGGCAAUGGCAGAGGUCAUGAAAAAUCCAGACAUAAUGAAGAAAGCCCAAAGCGAGCUCGCAGAAGCUAUUGGCAAAGGCAAAGUAAUAGAGGAACAAGAUAUUCCUCUACUCCCUUAUUUGCAAUGCAUUGUGAAAGAAACCAUGCGAUUACACCCACCAGGCCCCUUGUUCUUACGCCAGGCCCAAAAAGAUGUUGAGGUGUGUGGGUACUUCAUCCCAAAGGGGUCUUUAGUGUUAAUUCAUGUUUGGUUAAUGGGUCGCGAUCCAACAAUUUGGGAGGACCCUUUGGUAUUUAAGCCCGAGAGAUUUUGGGGUUCGGAGUUUGAAGUUCGAGGUCAAGAUUUUGAGUUAAUUCCAUUUGGUGGUGGCCGGAGAAUAUGCCCCGGCCUACCUUUGGCAAUGAGGACUGUUCCAGUUAUAUUGGGUUCCUUGUUGAAUUCAUUUGAAUGGAAAGUUGAAGGGGAGAUAGCACCAAAAGACUUGGAUAUGGAAGAGAAGUUUGGCCUUACACUAGCCAAAUCGUUGCCUCAGCGAGCUGUACCAGUUCCACUUUAAGGGUUUGAUACAUAAUUAUAUGACUAAAUCUGUGAAGAAUUGAGUACGACUACUUCAGAUGUUGAUCUGUGAGAUGUCUUAGUUCCACUUUAAAGUAAUUGCACUACUGUUGGGCACAUUGUAAUGUAAAAUAUAUAGAAAAGCUAUACCAACUUUUAUAAAA